AUGACAGUCUCCACUGAAGAUGAAUCUGUCUUGCAAAAGAUGCUUGCUACUAUGGAAAAUUUACGUUCUGAACAAGCCAGACUAGCUGAACAGAUCGACAAAUUUGCGUCUUCUGCCUUACCUGAUGAUAAACCAACUCAGCUUUCUCCUUCUACUUCCAUCAGUGCUAUUACUACAGAUAAGGCUGUUGCUGGUGAAUUUGCAAGUCAGCCUGAAAGCACUCAACCUGCUGAAUCAAUUCCUUCUUCUGAUUCUCCUUUUACUCCUUCUUAUCCAAGACGUGUAAUUUUGACAACUUAUCCUGGCCAACAUGGUAUCAAACCCUUAUCAUUGCAUUGGGGAGCUAAGGAUCCUAAAGAAAGAGGACCCAUUGUUGCUUCUCGUCAUGCUGAAAGUAUCAAGAAAAGAAAUGCUAUUGGUGCUUAUGGUGGCUCUUACUGUAUUUAUCGUGCCUUGGCUGUGGCUAUUGGUGAUUUACCUUCAAACCAUCGUCCUAACUUUGAUAUGACCGAACCUGUUUAUCAAAUUGGACCUCAUGCUUCUUGGUUUGAUCCUGAAAAGAUUGUUUCCCUUGACCCUUUUGGUCAUGUUGCUCCUGGUAUCUUUAGAGAUGAAUACAAAAAGGGUUUGGAUGUCAGACCUACGAUUGCUAUCACAAAAGCACAUAUGACGAUGGCUGAAAUGGAAAUGAGUGUCAAGAAUGGUGCUUUGGAAGUAGAUGGUAAGAUUGUCGUCAAUAGCCGUGGUGAUUUGGCUGUAUCUAAAGCUGCUGUUGAACCUGUUUGGUACUUGCCUGGUGUUGCCAAGCGUUUUGGUAUUGAAGAAUCUUUACUUCGUCGUGCUCUUUUUGAAGAUACAGGUGGAAUGUAUCCUGAAUUGAUUACCAGACCUGAUCUGAAAGUGUUUUUGCCUCCUAUUGGUGGUAUCAGUAUCUAUAUCUUUGGUAAUCCUGACUAUAUCUCUGACCCUUCUAAGAAAUUAACACUUCGCGUCCAUGAUGAAUGUAAUGGUUCUGAUGUCUUUGGCAGUGAUAUUUGUACUUGUAGACCUUAUUUGAUUUAUGGUAUUGAAGAAUGUGCAAAACAAGCACAGCAAGGUGGUGUUGGUGUGAUUGUUUACUUCAGAAAAGAAGGAAGAGCUUUAGGUGAAGUGACCAAAUAUUUGGUCUACAAUGCACGUAAGCGACAAGCUGGUGGUGACACAGCCAGCAAUUACUUUUUACGUACCGAAUGUAUUGCUGGUGUGAAAGAUAUGCGUUUCCAAGCUUUGAUGCCUGAUGUCUUACAUUGGUUGGGUAUUCAAAAGAUCGAUCGUAUGAUGUCCAUGUCUAAUAUGAAACAUGACGCUAUCGUUGGUUCUGGUAUUCCUAUUAUUGAACGUGUGCCUAUUCCAGAAGAAUUGAUUCCUGCUGACUCAAGAGUUGAAAUUGAUGCCAAAAUUGCUUCUGGUUAUUUCACAAGUGGCUCUGUAUUGACAAAUGAAGAACUUACCAAAGUCAAGGGGCGUGACUGGGAAGAUAUUGAGCAUUGA